AUGGCUGGGGAUAAUAGGGAUCCGCGAAUUAAUGUGAUUAUUCAUCAAGAUUUCAAGAACCAUCCCCAAGACUUGUUAUCCCAAUUGAAGGGCGCAACAGGUUGCGUUUGGGCACUUGGUAUAAGUCAGACCAAAGUUGACGCCGACCGCCAAGGCUUUUCAAACGCUACCGCCGGAGAGCCCUUCGAUUUUGUCUAUGUUUCGGGUUCUGGCGCUACCACUACACCUGGUCGUUUCUCUGCUUUGUUCGCACGCCUAAAGGGCGAGGCAGAAAUGGCUCUCGCAGGCUUGCUGCGUCCUGCAUUCAUCGAUGUCAAAGAACACAGUGCCAUUAAGCCAGCUCGCGAUGGGCCAACAUUAAAGGCAAUUGGUUUCUUCCCCGGACAUUCAAAUGAUUGGUGCAAUGCCUUUACUAGAGAAUAUAGCUUUCCGACGAUUGGCUGGACUUUAGAAGGGGUACGCUUGAAUUAUUGA